UAAUAAUAAAAAAAUUUAAUUCAAACGAAUUAAGUUAAUUUCGAAAAAGUUCGCUUCUUUACCGGCGAGCCUCCAAAUCAUCGAUCGGUUGUCAAAAAGUGACAACUAACUUUUGUACGUGUCACUUCAACACUUCGUUUUUCGAUUUUAACCGUUUCGAAUCAGUUUUUGAAUUAAACUCGUCGCGAAAUCAUCGAUUUUUGUAAGAAAAUGGUUCAAUACGGCGUAAUAAUCGCGUGUUUCGCUUUGUUCGCGUCGAGCUAUGCCGAAACUUGCAGCCAACCGAAGGUAACCUCAAAUUCGUUUACGACACAAGAUGCUACGAUUGUAUCGAAUAUUGCUUAUAUCGCCGAAUUUGAAGUUGAAUGCACUUCGGGGGGGUUAACUAAUUUGUAUGCUGAGGUUGAUGGAAAUGUUGUACCUGUUUCUAGUACUGGGCAAAAUAAAUAUCAGGUUAGUUGGACCGAAGUAAACGCUUCCGCAAAACGAGGAGAUAGAAAUAUAAGAAUUUUUGAUGAAGAUGGUUAUACAGCUGUUCGUAAAGCUUUACGUAAUGGGGAAGAAAUUUCGGGAAUCACAGAGUUAUUUGGAGUUACUAUUAAUCAUCCAGGGGCUUUUAAUGGACCUUGGUUAAAAAGCGAAUUUUUAGCUGCUACUUUAUCACUUCUUGUUGCUUAUAUUGCGUUUAGUUCUAGAUCUAAAUUGUUAUCAUAAUUAAUUUAUUUUUUUUGUUAAAUCAUUUUUUUCAUUAUGAUUCAUUAAACGAAAUUAAGACAUA